UUUUAGCUCAUUUCUGCUCUUCGGUUCUAACGAAGCUUGGGUUGAAGAAGCGUUCUUCAAGCUCAAACUCUGAGUCUCUGAGUGAGGCGCUUCUCCGAUCUUAGCCAGCCUACCGCAACGACACCGCUUCGAUCAAUGAAGAGAAAUAAACGACCGCCAACCAACAGAAACAGACCCCCAAAUCAAGAAGACGACGACGAUGAAGAAGAGCAUGAUCAGAAACCCUACCUUCUGCAUUUGCCAGAGCACAUAAUAAUGGAGAUCUUCUGCAAAAUCCCAACAAAAACCCUCAUCCAAUGCAAGCGAGUGUGCAAGUCUUGGCGUUCUUGCCUCUCAGACCCUCAAUUCACCAAAGAACUAUUUUCGCGAACACCCGCUUGCCUCUUGGUCACUGGCGUCCGCUCGCGCUGGGGCCACUUCUUGGUCGACCUCGACAGGGCCGGGUGGCAAAACGACGUCGCCUUGAAGCUUUUCAGUAUAAGAAGUCUCCGAACUCUUUGUAUGACCAUUGUAGGCUCGUGCAAUGGCUUCCUCUGUCACUACGAAGCCCAUUUUGACUUGAGCCGUCAUCUUCACAUCUCCAAUCCAGUUACUGGUGAGUUUUUAUCUCUCCCAACACCUCCAAAUCCUGAUACACGUGACCGUUAUGGUUUUGGGUUCAGCCCCAUCAGUGAGGUCUACAAGCUAGUUCGGGUUUUGUCUCCAAACGGAAAGCCUGACCAACCUGACCAAGUAAUGGUUUUGACUGUUGGCUCUGGCAUUUGGAGAAACAUUGGGCAUCCUGCCUACUCUUUUGAUGGUGUAACUCCUCAUGGGAUUUAUAUCAAUGGGUUUCUUCAUUGGAUUGGUCACAGUAGUAGUGACUGUUCCCGUUUGGUAUGUGCCUUUGAUGUCGAAAGUGAGCAGUUCCAAGAGUUACCACUGCCCCCUUGUAUUUAUGAUCUGGAUGGAACUUAUUUUAAGCUCGGAGUAUUGAAAGGUUGGCUCUCUGUAAUUCUUAACUUGAAUGAUGAUAUCAUUGUUUGGGUGAUGAAGGAUUAUGGAAUGAAGGAGUCUUGGACUAAAGAGCACGAGUUUAAAAAUCCAGUUGGUUUUUUUGGCUUUUCAGUAUUGAAUUUUACUGAGGAAGGGCAAGUCUUGGGGUUACAUCGUAAUCGAUUGCAGGCUUAUGCUCUGGUAACAAAGGGCCUUGUGAGGGUUGAGGUUGAUCAAUUACCUUCAGUGGUUUCAGAGGCAUGGGACCUUGUUCCAAGCUUUGUUUCGCUUAAGGAUAUCGCCAGAGGGUUACAGCUUGAAGGACUUCAGGGUGUGCAUCGUGUAUGAGCGAGCCCUUUACGAUCAAUGGUGGUUUAAUGACUCCCAACUAUGAAAGUUCGAAGGAACAGAGUUGUUGCUCAGUGCAAGGAGAAAAUAGAGAAUCUGUGCAAGUAAAUCUCUUAUCCAGGAAUUAACAGAAGCAUUUUGAAGGGCAGGCAAUUUGUAUGAAAUAAGUAUUGCAAAGCAUAGGUAGGUAGCCAGUCCAAUAGUUUUUCAAUUCCCCCUUUUGUUUAUUUUUUUAAUUUUAUGCCUCUCCUAAUGAAAGGUCGAUAAAUAUCUACAAACUCACACACACACCGAUGCGGGGGGUCAAGCCUAGGACCGCUCCUAGGAAGGGGCAAAGCCCCAGCCACUGUACUGUGGUGCCCAGUCGCUCGAUUCCCUGUUUAGGCAAGUUCCUUGCUGUCCUGUCUCUUCAAGCAUAAUAUACUAUUUAAUUUUUUUGGAUU